UCCAAAUUUCAACUUGCGGAGAACGAAGCUGUUCUGAGGUUUUAUUUUUUCCUAUUUCUAUAAAAUCUUUUCUUGUGUUAGUCUAAACUUUGACAGUAAAAAAAUAUGGAAAAACGAAUCGAGUUAGAAAUUAGGCGAAAGAAUCCAUCCCAGAUCAAAGAAUUGGUUCUUGAUAACUGUCGCAGUACUUCAGUGGAAGGACUAACAGAAGAUUUUGUCAACUUAGAAUGUCUCAGUCUGAUCAAUGUUGGUCUUACAAAUCUUAAAGGUUUUCCUAAACUUCCAAACUUGAAAAAACUGGAACUAAGUGACAACAGAAUAUCAGCUGGUUUGGAUAAUCUAAAUGGCUGUCCCAAAUUAACACAUUUAAGCCUUGGUGGGAAUAAAAUAUCUACUAUUGAUAUUUUAGAACCUUUGAAAGAGUUUAAGGAUUUAAAGUUCCUUGAGUUGUAUAACUGUGAAGUUACUUCUAUGGAAGAUUAUCGAGAAAAAGUGUUUGCUUUAAUCCCCAGUUUGAAAUAUCUAGAUGGUACAGACCAAGAUAAUGAAGAAUAUGAUGAUGAAGAAGAAAAUGGUGCUCUAGAAGAUGGUGACAGUGACUUAAAUGAUGAAGAUGAGGAUGAUGAUGAAGAUUUAAGUGAUGAAGAUGAGGAAGAAGAUGAAGUAGGCCUUUCUUAUCUUCAAAAUUCUAUUGAUGAGGAAUCGGAAGGUGAGGAUUAUAACCCUGAUGGCGCUGAAGAUAGCGAUGUUGAUAUUGAAGACGAUGCAGAUGAAGAUGAUAACCCCCGAGGGCAGAAACGAAAAUUGGAAGAAUAAUUUAGAUUUUGUGAGUCAUCCACGCAUCUUCAUGUAUAGAUCAUCACUUUUAAAAUAUGUAUUUUUUUAAUCACUUCACUGGAAUGUCAUGUUGAAGACACAUAAAAUGCUGUGUUCUUUGACUUGCUCUUUUUUUUUUUGUGAUUCGAACUAUUUUUUCCUUCUUUUGACUUCAUGUUUUUUGUACUAAAUAUAACAUGAUAAAAUUUUAGAAUUCCCGUGUUCAAUGUUGUUUCAUAUAAUGUAUGUUUGAAUUUUCUUUGUCUCAUUUUAAAAUAAAACAUAAUGAUGUAAUCUAUUUAAUUGAUAAAUAGAAAAGAUGUAAAUAAAAUGAAAUUUUU